AAACUGUGUUUCAAACGUUUGGUGAUUUGAUAUUGAACUCUUAAGGCAAGAAAGUUACUUCGAAAGGGGAAAAGUGUUAUGAUUAAUAAAAACUUUUAUCUAAUGGAAUCCUUUUUUAAAGUAAUAUUUACCUCGGAGCUGUUGUUUCUGGUUGCAUUUCAGCUUCCGGUUUGAUUAUCUGGAGGAGAAAGUCAAACGGACUUCGUGGUAUGACUUGCUGAGUGAUGUUUAAAACAACGGAAAAAAUGUUGAAGGCAUCAGCAGAGGAAACGGGUCCAAAAUACACAGAAUGAACCCAUGGUCACCCCCGACACCCUGGAUGGAAAUAUCAGCAACCCACACUUGAUUUAAAAACUUCAAUAUAUGGGAUAAAAGUUCACCAUACAAGGCAGCAAGAUGAAUUUCGAGGUUGAUGACCUUCAGGUCAUUGAAUUAAAUAUGAUGGAUAAGAGGAAGUAUUAUCCUUUGACGUUUGCAAGUGGAAUGACGAUACGCACGCUUUUAUACCCAGUGACGCUGGUGAAAACAAGGCUUCAGAUUCAAAAGGGUCAUACGAUUUACAAGGGGACUUUUGACGCCUUUGUGAAAAUAGCGCGAAAUGAGGGCGUGUCCGGGUUGUACCGAGGCUUCUGGGUAAGCUGUUUGCAGCUGUUUCCGUCGAUGGCAUACAUCUCAACGUACGAGGGCACUCGCCACUACCUCAUGGAAAACACAUCUGUAACAAAUAGCAAAACAAGGUCUUUCAUAGCUGGAGGAGGUGCCUCCAUUGUAGGACAGACAUUGUCAGUGCCUCUUGAUAUAAUAACCCAGCACCUUAUGUUGAUGGGACGGCGAAAAACAGGGUCUUCCGACAUUUCCAGUGAAAAAGUCCAAAAGAAGUUAUCAAGUUUACAAAAAUUAGAAAUAUCUGACGAGGUCAAGAAGAGACGGUUUGGUGCAGUAAGUGCAGUUAUACGAGAAGUGUACAAGCGAAAUGGGCUGCUUGGAUUUUACAAGGGUUAUUUUGUGUCACUGACUGUGUUUGCACCAAACAGCGCCCUCUGGUGGUUCUUCUAUGACAGUUAUUCAGAUAUGCUUGCCAGUAUUGCCCCUGCCUUUGUCCCGAGGUUGGUGCUACAGGUGGUGUCCGGGCCUCUCAGUGGCAUCUCCGCCGCUGUCAUCACCAACCCCCUCGACCUCAUCAGAGCACGGAUGCAGGUUGAUGGGACCAGUUUCUCGGACACUGUGAAAAUAUUGUGGCAAGAGGAACGUUUCUGGAUCGUCACGAAGGGUUUGACGGCUCGUCUGGUGCAGUCUGUGAUGUUCUCCUUCUUCAUCAUUCUCGGUUACGAGACCAUCAAACGCUGGAGCCUUCUGGACGAAUACAAGCAGCAGGUCCGCUGGUGACAACAGCUUCCUGUAGGCAAAUACCUCUUUUAGAAAAUUUGUAAAAUGGAUAUUUUUUAUGAAGAUCACUGGUUGAUAUGUGUGAUAACGGAACAGUUUGUAUGUGAGUUGUUUUUGAGACUGUGUUGAAAGUUCUGCCUGUGUUGACAUGAUACUAUGUAGUGCUCCAACAAAUCCAGUAUGAGGCAAAUAUGAUACAUAUCACGAAUAUUGGGUCGUUAAUCAGUGUGAUUUCAGGGGUUUUUUUCAGUACCUGCAGUGAGUGUAACCUGGCUUAUUAAUAUUUGAUUCUAGACAUAGCAGAUAACAAAUUGAAUUCAUGAAGGGAUAGAGUUAGAUUCUCAGGUAGGGAGUCUCAGUUAAAAAUCCACCUCUAAAUAUUACUCUGAGGGAUUUCUUCCAUCUCUUUUCUUUUGCACUGUUUGUACAGUAUAUCAGCACAAGAAUAUAACAUGUGUUACAAGUUUCAACAAACCAAACAGUUGUAUUUUCGCUUUUUGAACAUGAUAAUUGGCAUCCAGUAAAUUCCUGGUUUACUCAUACAUA